AUGUUAAGAUUGUAGAUGUAGAUUUUGUAAAAGGAUUGGUCUACAUAACAUGAUAUAAUUGCAGGUAAAAUGUAGGAGAUGUUGAGGAGAAUUGAUGAAUUGCAAGAAUAGGCUUCUCAUGAGGCUAAUCUGAAAAAAAGAGAUCUAUAUUUGAAAGAACUUGAUGAAACAACAAAUCAGUUAGAUUAAGAGAUCGAAAAUAUUAGUGAUAUGGGCUAAUAACUGAGACUGUUAACUGAUUUUGCUAACCAUAUUAGAAAAGGCUUGAUCAGAGUAGAAGCAAAAAUCAAUGAAAUGAAGGAAUAACUCAAAAGCAUGGGUAACGAUAUUAAAUUUUUGAGAGGAAAAUCUGUUGAGUAACUAUUUGAAAUUAGAAAAUGGAAAGUACUGAAAGAAACAGCAUUUAAGAAUGUUAAAUCAAUUUACUUACCAUUAUAAACUAAGGAGAUAUAUCAUAAAGUUGUUGAAGGUGAAAAGAAUAAAGAACAAUUAAAAUAAAUUAAUGAUAAAGAAGGAGAAGUGAAUGAGUUUUUAAUAGAUGACAAGGAAAAAGUAUUAUUAAUUCAUGGGGUUGCUGGGUCAGGCAAAAGUACGACAGCAAAGAAAAUAGAAGAAUUUAUUUGGAAAUUACAUGACAAUAAUUAAAAAAUUAGUAAUAAAGUACUCAUCCCUAUUUAUAUCUCAUUACCUUCUUUGAAGAAUCCUGUUUUUCAAGCAGUAGAGGAAGCACUUCAUCAAGUUGAGUACGGUUUUGAUGAGCUUUAAUUAAAAGAAUUAAAAGAGAUGUUAGAAAAAAAAGAAUUCAGAUUGUUAUUGAUAAUGGAUAGUUAUGAUGAGAUGAAACUAGAGAAUAUUGAGAAAAAUUUAUAUAUAAACAAUAAAAUCUAUUAGAAAUGGUCGGACCCACUUGUUAUUUUUACAACGAGAAGUGAAAUUUUUAGAACAAGCAAUUAUGCUCUUUGGUUUGCCCCUGAUUAAAAGGAACAAUUAAAAGGAAAUAGAACUUCAAAAAUUUAAUCCUGA